GCUUUUAGAGCCAUUUCACUUACAGGACAUCGCAAUGCGAAUGGGGUGCAGACGUUUUUAUUUCCAUGUAAACAUAGAAUAACUGGAACAAUGUUAGUGACGAGUCUUUAUGUCUCCCAUAACUUCACCGAGGCUUUACGUUGACAGAGCCGAUAAAUAUUUCAGGCGCUGUGGGUGGGACGGGGAUAGCUUACUCACUGGGGCUAGAUGACCUCCGGCCUUAUCCGAGCUAAUCGGGAGUUUGAUGAAAACUUAAUUGCCCUUUUCACGAGGAAUCAAAAAAACAAAUCGAAUCAAGCUGCAUCCCAGGUCUUUUUUAAAUGCCCAUCCUCGGGUCUGUUCCAGACGUGGAUUUUUACCUCUCCGUCCCUAGUUCAUUCACAAUGCUUUUCCUGUAAUACGAUGCGUGUGCGGAUCAAUAAAACAUGAGCCGCGUCCUGACUGUCGAUCAGCUGAACCUCCUCAGCUGUAUAAGUGGUGAAAGGCGGCGUAAUCUCCUCGGACAAGAUCCCGGCUGUGAUUGAGAGACGGAGAGGGCCGCCUGUUAAAACCAAAGCCGAGCGAGCUCCCCUCGCAUCGAUGAAUGGACCUCAUUCGCAGAAACGGGGAAUUUCGGCGCGAUGGGUAGCGGCCGGGGUCUGGCUCGGGUGAUCAUGGAAAUGCGGAACGAGAUCAAAAAGCUGGAGUCGGAGAAUAAGGCGCUGCGCGGGGAGUUGGAACUGCCGCCGUCGGGGCGCGAGACUGUGGGGCCAAGCUCGGUACCGCCCGCAUUCCCACACAGACACGCGGCGGAAGAAACCCCUUCCCACGCUAAUUUAAGACGAAAUGCGUCUGCACCCACGCUGGAAAGACAAUACAAGGAGAACAUCAUAAUGACGGUGCGGAGAUAUUCCAUCUCCCCUAACAUGAGGACAGUCAACCGGAAGAGCGAGAAAUUGACGUGCGGACUGGACAAUGCGGGUGUGGAGGCACGCGACACUGUGGACGGACAUUACAGUGACUGGACCACACUUCAGGAGGAAAAUCGUGGUAAUGCGCCGGCCCUGCUGGAUCCCGCUUCCCGGGACGACAGCAGCAUUUCCCCCAAGGAGAAACUAACCAACAGACGGUCCCUCCAAGAAUACGUGCACAAAAACAGGGCUAAAGUCAAAACGGUCACGUUCCUCCUCCCUGUGGAAGACAUAUACACUAACCGGCCAUUCCUGGCCAAUCACAGGCCGGACAGGAACACGUAUGACCUGGGCGUGAUUGUAGAGAAGGACUCAUGAUGCGCAGAGGAGUGUGUCAGGAGAUGAGCGGAGGGAAAGAGAAGCAGAUAUCCCACAGGAUCCAGGUCAGAGCUGUCUCCUGUAUUGUUCAGCAGGCGAAUCAGGCAGCUGAUUUUAUCGCUCAGGCCUGGCCCCAGAGACUCCUGUUACAGGUUCAGUUUCCAGCAUCCAUCCAGGUAGAGUGAUCCAUCUGUGUGUGGUGCUCCGAGGCUGCCCCCCCCACCCCCGCCCCCGCCCCCGGAUCAGAUGUCUCCCCCACAGCAUCAAUCUGACUCCAGUUCGGAAGAGGCUGCAGGUGACGGCCGUUAGCAGCACUUUGGUUUCGGUUUCAGCUGAUGAAACCAAAGCAAAAUCAGCAUCAUUAUUUAUUUACUUUUUCUGUCCUUCCCACUCAGAGUAUGUUCUGCUGGACUCACGUGUGUCUGUGUGACAUCAGAAUGCUGUCUUUAUUUCCACACGUGUAACGUUGUUUUUUCUGUUUAAAUGUGUAAAAAGUGAGAGUAUAACACUACUUGUGUCAUUUCCUGUAAAACAAAAAAAAUAUUUUUGUAAAGCAAUUCAAAGUUUCUGCUCUGGUUCAGACUUCUUUAUCUCUGUUUAAUAGUAUAAUAAUGUGUUCUAUGUAAAAAAAAGAGAGUA